GGAGGAGGUGGCGGCUGGGUCUGACGCGGCCCGGUUCUUGGGGGCUCCGCUUGUUUAUUUAUUUAUUUAUCGUGUGGGCCUCCGAGUGUACGCGCGCUCCACUACUUGGUGGGGAGGGGGUGGGGGGAGGGCCCGGGGAAAAGAGGGAGUUGGAACCGGGGUCGAAACGCCGUGUGACUUGUAGGUGAGGGAGCGCCGAGCCGUCGCCGCAGCCUCCGCCGCCGUGAAGCCCUUGUUCCCGCUGCUGGGAAGGAGCGUCUGGUGCCGACAAGAUGGCGGACGGGGAGCUGAACGUGGACAGUCUCAUCACCCGACUGCUGGAGGUACGAGGAUGUCGUCCAGGAAAGAUUGUGCAGAUGACUGAAGCAGAAGUUCGAGGCUUAUGUAUUAAGUCUCGGGAGAUCUUUCUCAGCCAGCCUAUUCUUUUGGAAUUGGAAGCACCGCUGAAAAUUUGUGGAGAUAUUCAUGGACAGUAUACAGAUUUACUGCGAUUAUUUGAAUAUGGAGGUUUCCCACCAGAAGCCAACUAUCUUUUCUUAGGAGAUUAUGUGGAUAGAGGAAAGCAGUCUUUGGAAACCAUUUGUUUGCUAUUGGCUUAUAAAAUAAAAUAUCCAGAGAACUUCUUUCUCUUAAGAGGAAACCAUGAGUGUGCUAGCAUCAAUCGCAUUUAUGGAUUCUAUGAUGAAUGCAAACGAAGGUUUAAUAUUAAAUUGUGGAAGACCUUCACCGAUUGUUUUAACUGUCUGCCUAUAGCUGCCAUUGUGGAUGAGAAGAUCUUCUGUUGUCAUGGAGGACUGUCACCAGACCUGCAGUCUAUGGAGCAGAUUCGGAGAAUUAUGAGACCCACUGAUGUCCCUGAUACAGGUUUGCUCUGUGAUUUGCUGUGGUCUGACCCAGAUAAGGAUGUGCAAGGCUGGGGAGAAAAUGAUCGUGGUGUUUCCUUCACUUUUGGAGCUGAUGUAGUCAGUAAAUUUCUGAAUCGUCAUGAUUUAGAUUUGAUUUGUCGAGCUCAUCAGGUGGUGGAAGAUGGAUAUGAAUUUUUUGCUAAACGACAAUUGGUAACCCUAUUUUCAGCCCCAAAUUACUGUGGCGAGUUUGAUAAUGCUGGUGGAAUGAUGAGUGUGGAUGAAACUUUGAUGUGUUCAUUUCAGAUAUUGAAACCAUCUGAAAAGAAAGCUAAGUACCAGUAUGGUGGACUGAAUUCAGGACGUCCUGUCACUCCACCUCGAACAGCUAAUCCACCGAAGAAAAGGUGAAGAAAGGAACUCUAUAAAGAAACCAUCAGAUUUGUUAAGGACAUACUUCAUAAUAUAUAAGUGUGCACUGUAAAACCAUCCAGCCAUUUGACACCCUUUAUGAUGUCACACCUUUAACUUAAGGAGACGGGUAAAGGAUCUUAAAUUUUUUUCUAAUAGAAAGAUGUGCUACACUGUAUUGUAAUAAGUAUACUCUGUUAUAAUAUUCAGCAAAGUUAAAUUCAAAUUCAAAAUUACCCAUUAAAGUUACAUCUUCACGUAUCACAGUUUUUAAAGUUGAAAAGCAUCCCAGUUAAACUAGAUGUGAUAGUUAAACCAGAUGAAAGCAUGAUGAUCCAUCUGUGUAAUGUGGUUUUAGUGUUGCUUGGUCGUUUAAUUAUUUUGGGCUUGUUUUGUUUGUUUUGUUUUGUUUUUGCUAGAAUAAUGGCAAAUAUUAAUUUUUUUUUCCCU